AUGUUUACAUUUCUAUUAAUUAUUGUAAUUACUAAUGCAACAGAAAGUAUUAAUAAUACAGAAGAAAGAAAUAGAGAAAUAAUACGCACACAAAUAAAAUCGAAUCAAUACAAAAGAAUGUAUAAUGAAUAUAAUGUACAUUUAAAAAGUGAAACUGAUGUAAAACCACCAGCAUCAAUAAAUGUACCAACAAAACCAGAAAGUCAAGGAGUACAACCACUCAGUCAAGAUGGAAAUAGUCAAACAACACAACCACAUGGUCAUGAAGGAGAACAACACAAUGAACAACAACCAAUUCCAGAAAGACAACCACAUCCUUACAAUGAACAUCAACCAAUGCCAGAACAAAAUCCACAUCCACAUAAUGAAAAACAACCACAUGUAGAACAAGAUCAACAAAAACAAUACCACAAUGAACAUCAACCAAUGCCAGAAAAACAACAAUCUGACCAAAACAAUGAACAACAUAAUGAACAUCAACCACCUGUACCACAUGAUAAUACUCCAAAAAAUGACACUCCAAAAAAUACCGACUCUCAAAAUAACAACAAUCAAAAUAUUAACAAUAACCAAAAUAAUCAGUCAGAUAAUACCAAUCAAAAUAAUCAACAAGAUGAUAAGAAAAAUGAAUCAAAAGAUAAAAACAAAGAAAAAGACAAU